ACUGAGUAGCCCUUAUGACAAACAUGAGCUGGAGCUUUCUAACCCGCCUGCUAGAAGAGAUUCACAACCACUCCACCUUUGUGGGGAAGGUCUGGCUCACCGUGCUCAUCGUCUUCCGCAUUGUCUUGACAGCAGUGGGGGGGGAGUCCAUCUACUCUGAUGAGCAGAGCAAGUUCACCUGUAACACCAAGCAGCCCGGUUGUGACAAUGUCUGUUACGAUGCCUUUGCGCCGCUGUCACAUGUCAGGUUCUGGGUCUUCCAGAUCAUCAUGAUAUCCACCCCUUCGGUCAUGUACCUGGGCUAUGCCAUCCACAGGAUCGCCCGGUCGGCGGAGGAGGAGAAGAAGUUCAAGGGAUUCAAGAAGAAGAAGCAGUUUGCUUUGAACUGGCAGGCAGUGCGCAACAUGGAGGACGCGAUGGAGGCUGAUGAAGAUGAGCCCAUGAUCUCUGACGACACAGCAGAACGUGAGAAAGCCAAAGCCAAGCCCAAGAGCAAAGAGCAGCAAAAGCACGACGGGAGGAGGCGUAUCCAGGAAGAAGGGCUGAUGAAAAUCUAUGUCUUUCAGCUACUUACCAGAGCUUCGUUUGAAGUUUGCUUUUUGAUAGGGCAGUAUUUACUCUAUGGCUUUGAGGUAGAAGCCUAUUAUGUCUGCAACAGAGUCCCUUGCCCUCAUACUGUGGACUGCUUUGUGUCCCGGCCAACAGAGAAGACCAUCUUUCUCCUGGUGAUGUACGUGGUGAGCUGCCUGUGCUUAUUGCUGAACAUGUGUGAGAUGUUCCACUUGGGGUUUGGAACCAUCCGAGAUGCCAUUCGCAACCGGAAAAUCAACAGCUUCAGGCAACCUCCCUAUAACUAUGCCUACCCAAAGAACAUCUCCUGCCCUCCUGAGUAUAACCUGGUAGUGAAAUCAGAGAAGUCCACCAAGAUCCCCAACAGCCUGAUGGCUCACGAGCAGAACUUGGCUAAUGUUGCUCAGGAGCAGCAGUGCACCAGCCCAGAUGAGAACCUCCCGGCAGACUUGUCCACCCUUCACAAACACUUGCGAGUGGCCCAGGAGCAGUUAGACAUAGCAUUUCAGAGCUACAGCAGCACUCAGGGCAACACACAACCUUCUCGAACCAGCAGUCCCGCCUCGGGCGGUACGGUGGUAGAGCAGAACAGGGCCAACACAGCCCAGGAGAAACAAGGUGCUAAACCCAAGGCCAGCUUGGAGAAAGGAAGCUCAAGCAGUAAAGAUGGAAAGACAUCUGUAUGGAUAUAG